AUGGACAGUUUUAGCUCACAAAAGUGCCGGCUGUGUCUUGGGACAAAAUUUCAUCAUGUACCCAUGUUUCCGGCCAACGAGCCGGUUAAUGAUGAGCUACUGCGGAAGAUACGCGAGUGCGCUUCGGUGGCGAUCGUGUACGAGUACGACCAAACUUCGGUGAUCUGCAUCAAGUGCAUCGUUGAUGUGGAGAAUUUCUACAGCUUCCGGGAACGGUGCCGCCAAAGCGACCUGCUGUUGCGCCAAAAUCGUCAACAUGGUGAAGGUCAGCUGGUCAACGCGGAGAUGAAGGUGGCGGAAAACUCGUUCACGAUGGAGGAGGAAGACCAGGAAAAUAUGCUAGUGGUGGCAUUUCCCGAGUUGCAAGAAGGCACGAACACGCCAGCUCGGCUCGAUUCAUUCACUGGUCCCUCCAAGCUUGUUCGCGUCGGGUACAACUAUCGGGUGGUGCUAGUGAACGAUGAAACGAAUGUCCUUAUCCAUCGCCGUCAUCGCUAUCAACGGUUGGACAAGCACAGUGACGACUGCAAGCAGUGGGUGUGUGUGGCCAGUGGCACCUUUGGGUGUACGGCUACACUGACGGUGGCCAGCACGGCCUCCUUCCCACUGGCGCUACUGAAUGGCGAAAUUAAACACAACCAUGAUCCGGCAAUGGUCGCUGAAAUAGGGAUACUGGAGGAUCAUCCAACCAGUGAACAGGUUGUGAAAGAAUUCCCCAGCUACACGCUUGUAAUUGAUCUCCGGCAUCGGUUGCGACUGCUCGCAUCCGGCUAUCGGUACCGUUUGCAUCGGGCUCUCUUUGCUGACGGUCUAAGUUUGUGGGUAUGUGAGAGGAGUAAAAUGGGUAGCGAGGGAUGCCCGGCUCGUGUCAUGCUGUCGUACGAAGACGAAAAAGUAUUCUUCGCCGGCGAUCAACCUCACAAUCAUCCGGUGGAGGAGUGUGCCGCCCCUCUAACGACCCUACACAGUGCACUGAUGGGCCACAAGAAGACGAAGGAAACGACCGUUCGACACGGAUUCAACUAUACCGUGAUGGAGGAUGACAAGAUUCUCUUCGCUGGGAACAUAUACAAAGCGAAUAAAAAGUCCGCACGUACACCGUGGUCCUGUGUACGAUGUCAACCACCGCAUAUCGUAAGGCUGCGAGUGAAACAAAAAUAUGCCAAACUCGUUAGCAAGGCCGAGCAUGAACAUUCGCCAGCUCUGGAACAACGCGUAACAGGCGCUUCAUCGGAAACGGUACGCCAUGGUGCCAACUACCGACUGGUGAGCGAUGGAACUGGUCGCGUUUGGUUAGUCCACCGAAGGAAACGGUACGUCUUUCAUGCGAUCCACAAAAACGGCACCACCGAUUGGGUUUGCGAGUGGGCGCGAAUGGGCUGUCGUGCGGUACUCCAAAUGGUGCCCGAUGAACAGAUUGUUUACGUAGUAAAGGUCGACAGUUCCAGUUCCACCAACCACCGGCAUCGGGUACGAAAUGCACUGGAAGAGCACUUUCCUAAUGAUUUGAGCCGACCGGAGUCUGAAGUACUGCUCUGGUCCUGUAACGAUUACGAUCUGCUAUGGAACAUUCGUGCCCAUCCCAUCGUGCGUCACAACGGGGAACGGUUCUACGCACGGAAAGCCAACACAAACGGUACACUUGAAUGGCACUGCACACGUGGCACAGAAACCGAGUGCCGAGCAACGCUCACAAUCGAUAAGUCUGGAGCCCUCGUGGCCGAGUGUGAGAAGCACGAUCACGAACAGCUAAAAUCCAAUCGCGGUACGAAAGUCCGCAAUGGAUUGGGGCCUGUAGGAAGCGACAUUUUCACAAGCCCCGGUCCAGUUGAACUACUGACCGGUGGGUUCAACUAUCGCCGCAUGCUAAACGUCCAUCUGGGCGUCGAAAUAAUACUCUUCUGUGGCCACAAGUACUUGCGAGAGGAUGCUGAUAUCUGGUACUGCAUUUUACGUGACGAACCGGAAGCAUGUCAGGCAAAGAUUACGCUUGCACACAACGGACUGUGCGCUGAGCAUACGAUUCCCCAUCACCACUCGUCGCGAGACAUCCGAAAGAUCCUGCAACCGGAACGUACGGCACAGGUAACGGUCGAAGGGCCAAACUAUGAAAUCACCUACUCAAUGACUGGUCGAAAUUGCACAAUCUUUCACGAGGGCUACGCGUUCCGCAUGUACAAGCUGCUCGGACUGCAGCAAAGCUCUCGUUGGCGGUGCAUACAGAGCGAUUCCGGGUGCAAAGCGUUCCUGAAUGUGCCGCUAUCGCUUAGCAAACCGGCCAGCAUUUCCGGUACCGGGCACGAUCACUCCGCGGAGGGCGUUAAACUUGAACCGGACGACCUUUGCAACGUGCUGGUACAAGAACUGGACGAAGAGUCUAUCUGUAGCGUGCAACUGCGCAGCAGAUCGACAUCGUUUACGGAAAGGAAAAGUGGUUUCUCUAAAAUUCUCCCGGUCCCCACGAACCGGCCAUUGGACGCUACUGUGAAGGAAGAGGAUGUCACAGAAAUUGAUUCGAAUGGAUUGACGUGUUUCCAGAAUGGUCAGAUGUACGUGCGAAACGCCGAUGCAAUGUCCACCGGGUGUGAUAUGCCACCGUGGAUUUGUGCCUUCCACUGGACCCUGCAUUGUGCGGCGAGUUUGGAAGAUCACAAUGCUCCGAUACACAGCCACGAGCGUUUCGCUGCGGUCCGUACAAACGAUCGAUUUGCCAUGCUGAAGGUAUUGAUUGGUAAAGGUAUUAUUGCUCAACGAGGCCCCAUCACGCUCAUGCCGGAAGGAAACACCGUCUCGGAGUAUGAGCUCAUGCCAAGCAAUGUUAAUCUAUCACUAAUCAUCGACAGCCAUCGGUACUACUUUUAUAAGGCGAAAAACAACGGCGAAUGGGUGUGGCGCUGCGUACGACAUCGGUGGCAAGGUUGCAAGAUCGGUGUGGCUGUUUCGCAUUGCUUCGGACGAUAUUACUUCCAACCGUACGGCACGACCGAACAUGAACAUUCCUAAACGAAGCCCUGCUCUAGAGAAUCCCAUAAGGUUGCGCAGUUAAUUUUUAGCUUUAGUAUUCCGGCUCUCGAAAAUUGUAGAAAGAAUUCGGAAGCAUUGUUCGUAGGUUUUUGUGAAGAAAGUAUUACAGGCA